GUUUCAUAUUCAUUUCUUCGUGUCCAGAUACAUGUAUGCGUUGUAUUUGUCUCCUUUUCUGAACUUUGACUGUUUGAGUAUCAUAUUCAUUUCCUGUUGUCGGUCAUGUCUAUAUAUCAUUUUGUGAUUUCUCCCUUUAAAAAUUGCUUGUCUUGUCUAUUGGGAUGUGCUGUAUCAAAUUUGUGAGUCAGAGAAAGAUAUUCGGGUUGUAAGAAUAGAAUAAGGAUGAAUGUGUUAGAUGAGUUGAUUAAAAGUGCAGGAGGAUGUGCAGUGAUCGAUGGAGGGCUCGCUACCCAGUUAGAAAAUCAUGGAGUUAACAUUAAUCAUCCCCUUUGGAGUGCAUUAUGCUUAAUAACACAUCCCCACAUCAUUAAACAGGUUCAUUUAGAGUAUUUAGAAGCAGGAGCUCAAAUUUUGGUUACUUCAUCUUAUCAGGCCACGCUUCCAGGAUUUACAUCAAAUGGGCUUUCAAUAGAAGAAGGCGAAUCCUUGUUACGAAAGAGUGUGAAAUUGGCAUGUGAAGCUCGUGAUUCGUUCUGGGAAACUCUGCACAAUGCAUCUGUGAGGAAUGGCAAAUACUGCAGGGCAUUGGUUGCUGCAUCAGUUGGUAGUUAUGGGGCAUAUUUAGCAGAUGGCUCUGAAUACAGUGGCGACUAUGGGUCAGAUAUCACAUUGGAUAAACUAAAGGAUUUUCACAGGCGUCGACUGAAGGUUCUUGUUGAGGCAGGACCAGAUUUACUGGCUUUUGAGACUAUCCCUAAUAAACUUGAAGCCCAGGCUUGUAUUGAACUGUUGGAGGAAGAGAACAUCCAAGUUCCAGCAUGGUUAUGUUUUAGUUCUACUGAUAGUAUAUACAUAUCCUCGGGUGAGACAAUUCAAGAAUGUAUCAAUGUAGUCAAAAGAAGUGAAAAGGUUGUUGCAGUUGGUGUAAAUUGUUCUCCACCAGAAUUUAUUGAGGAUGCUAUUGAAAUCAUCCGAAAGGAAACCGAUAAAGCAGUAGUGGUCUAUCCAAAUAGUGGAGAAAAAUGGGAUGGCAAGGCAAAACAGUGGUUGCAUUCAAAUUGCUUUUCGGAUGGGCAAUUUGGUGUUUUGGUCAAGAGGUGGCGAGAAGCUGGUGCAAAACUUAUAGGCGGUUGUUGCCGUACCACACCAGCGACUAUAGAAGCAAUUUGUAAAGUUCUAAAGGAGCAACAAUGAGACAGUUAUAUAAAGAAGAAAUUUCCCUCCGGACAAGAGCUGGAACAAGUAUUGAAAAAAGUAAUGUAUACAAAAGCAGAAUUAAGUUUUUAAGUAAUCUUCUUGAGGCCUUGUAAUUUAUUUUUCUAUAGGGCACUUAGGAUUUUCGUCAAGAGCUAGCAUUAACCUUACAGGUGGUCGUUGGCAUAUGAAGUUCACAUGGAUACAAAGAUCAACCGAAAGUAGGACAGAACAAUGUACAAGGAAGAUAAUGGAAGUUUAUUGUAGCUAUUCAUUGGAAUAAGUUGUUUAUCAAUGGAAGCCUACUAGAGAAA